GUUUACUGCACAGAAGACAGCUCUUAAGUUAUUAAAGUUCUCGCUCUUUUUCCACCCCAAAAAAACCAAACAAAAAUAUUUAACAGCGAUUCUCGUCAGUGUGUUGUGCCAGUGUGAGCGCACUGUUAAUGUGACUUUGACUUGUUUUGCUGCUUCACAAACAUCGCCAUUUACCUGCCGGGCCAUUUCCUCGUUCGUGUACUGGAAUGAAUAUGCUUUCGAGAAGCAUUGAUUUCAGACAGUGCUCAAGUCAGGUUGUUUAGCUGUGUCUGUAUGUAUGUGUGUACGUGUGUGUGUGUUACAUGCUUGUAAAACCUUUUGUUUAAUGUAUGACGUUGAUGAUCAUUUAGAAGGAUCAGCAGGCGCGUGCCAUGUUGGUCAGACUCACCUGAGAACAGGAAACCACAGAGAACCUCAGACUGCAAAUCUGUCAUCUGCUCUAUGAGAUCUAACAACAGACAUGCACAUCCUCUUUAAGAUGUAGUCAUUAUAGACAGUAUUAAUCUUAUACAGAAAUUUUUCAACAAGUUCAACAAUUCUACCCCUCAAGAUUGUUCUGACAGACUGUCCAGGACAGGCUUGCUUUAAUUUAAUUGUAAAUUUCUAUCAUUUCUGAGAUAUAUAAAUGCAUACAUUUCGUUUUUAUGCACAGAGCAUGUUUAAUCACACGAGCUGCAUUUCUUGUUUCCAGCCUCACACCUCUAUUGCUGGUUUGGUUGCUGGUGAUCCUGCUAAGCAACAUUCCACUUGGAACUUGACGAAGCAGCGUAUCGUUCAUAUCUGAGUUUAUGUCUUGUAUAGAAGACAGAGGGAGAGUGUUCGUUUACACCGUGUUCAAAAAAGUUUGGAAAGUACAGGGGAAUGGAAAGCCUAAUCAGCAUCCUAUCGGACUGGUUUGGGGAGCUUUAGUGAUAAGCAGGAAGGAGGAAACGACAAAACAAAGCUUUUGUGAGCAGAAACACAGCUGCUGAGACUGAGGUGGUAGUAACCAAACUUGGAAAACCGGCAAAAUGCCUAUUCCUCCACCACCUCCUCCUGGACCUCCACCUCCCCCUACUUUCAGCCAGGCCAACACUACCCCUCCCAAGCUGUCACGUGAUGAAGCUAAAGGAAGAGGAGCCCUGUUGUCAGACAUAUGCAAAGGGGCCAGGCUGAAAAAAGUCACAAACGCCAAUGACAGAAGUGCGCCUGCUCUUGAGAAAUCUGGAGGGGGUGGAGGUGGCGGCGGCAGCAGUGGAGGAGGAGGAGGAAGUGGAGGGGGCUUUGGUGGUGGCUCUGGACCAAUGCCAAUGGGAGGCUUGUUUAGUGGAGGAGUGCCCAAACUUCGUCCAGUGGGAGACGGCACCGCUGGCAGAGCAGCACUUCGGCCUCCAGGUUCGCGUCCCGCUAUGCCACGUCCUACGAGUCAGCAACCAAGUGAAGACAGAUCCUCACCCCCUCAGCAACCUAGGAAUCCUCGCCCAUCGCUACCUGACAUUUUGAAACCGAGCAGCGGCGGCAGCUCUGCGAAACCCAGCAGCUCUGCCCCUCCUCCUCCCCCGCCUUUCAAUCGCCGUGGAAAUAACCCCCCUCCCCCUCCCACUCCCAGUCAGAGCUCUGGUCGUUCUUAUGGGGUAGAGAAGCCCCUUCCACCACCUAGUACAAACAGAGCACCUCCUCCUCCAUCACCUGCACGUGAAGCACUGGCAAAAGCUACUUCUCGCUCUUCACCUGUAAUUGCAUCAUCUCUACCACCCCCUCCUCCUUACCGACAGCCCCCUUCAGUGGCUAAUGGUGAUCCACCACCUGAGUUGCCCCAGAGGCGGAACUCGCUUCAUAGGAGGAGCAGUGGCCACGCUCGUAGCCAAGCCCCACCACCACCACCGCCUCCAUCCCAGCAAAACAACCGACCACCACCGCCAGCUCGAGACCCUCCAGGACGCAAACAUGGCCCUCAAGGUCCCCCUGCUGCAUCGCGGAAUGGGACUCGUGACGCACCCCCUCCUCCUCCCCCGGCCCGCGUACAAAGUGGUAGCUCGCAAAAUUCCUACGAGAGCCGAUCGAGGCACCCGCCACCUGUCUCUUCUGGUCGCCAACCCACAUCACAUCCUCCCCCACCUCCACCUAUGCGAAACGGACAUGCGCCUGUCCCUAGGAGUUUCACUGAUGACUUUGAAUCCAAGUACUCCUUCCAUCCUGUUGAGGAUCUGCCACCUCCAGAAGAGUACAGACAGUUCACAAAAAUCUAUCCCAGUAAAACCAAUAAAGCCAUGACGCGAGGAGCUCCACCUGCGCCACCUGUUGGGAGAUGAUGUGCACUCAAAGAGAAAAAUGGCUAAACCUUAUUGUGGAAUCGAAUUAUACACAUAUACAUGUACACACACUAUCACCGCUGUAUGCAAAAGAGACCAGAAGCUGUCUUUUAGCAGAAUGCAAAAUGAAACUUUACCUGACUAACUGAAAUAUUCUCAGGUGAGGAGGAUUUAGGCCAUUAGUUAAUAAUAACAAUAAUAAUAAUAAUAAUAAUGUGACCAAACUUUUGCACAUAUGUUUAAAAGAUUUAGAAGUUGCGUUUAUAAAUAAAUAGUAACUAUGCAUUCCAAGUGAAAAAAAGACACUUUUUCGUACAUCUAAAAUAUAAUGAAUGUUUUAAGCACACUACAUGAUGUCUGAAAAGCUCCAGCCGGAUGUACCUCGAGACCAGAGAACACUGUAAAGUGUCAUGGUCCUGAUCAGUUCAUAUGUUCAUUCUGUUAAGUGUUAAGAGGACCCAAACUACACAAGCUUAUAUAUGCAUUCCACAUUCUUUGUGUAACAGAUACCAUAGUACCAUUUUUGUAGCACUUGUUAAUCAUCAUUAACACUAUUAGAGUGCAAGGAGAGAUUGUAGAAGGUAAUCAGUAGACAAUCGUUGCAUUAUAACACGUAAAUAGUGACUUUUUUUGUCACAGAAUAAUAAUGAAAAAAAAAUAGAAUUACUGUAUCAUCUGUUUCUCUCAUAAGGGAUCAAAUGUGUCAUUAUUAGAUAAAAAGUUUAUAACUGUUAUUAAAAAAAAUCAUGUUGAUUAUUUGGCCAACAUGAAUGUUUUGGGGGGCUAUACAAUUUUUCAUUGUACAAACCCUAAAUACUUCUACACUUCAUCUAUGAAAUUGAUGUGGAUGAAUAGUUAAGCAACCAUUUGUUUUAUUUUUCAGCUAAAGUGGGUUGCCAAACGUGCAAAUGCAUUAUUUCUAUCUGUGAAAAGGGAUUUUUUUUUUUUAUAGGUAUUGAUUUAGCAGAUUUUAACCACUUCUGUAAAACUGACCAAAUGCAUACCCUAAGUGCCACUAAGCCCACUAUGUAUUUACAGUAGGCUCUGCCAUGUUUGUGUAAAGGGCCUGCUUGUAUACGUGUGGUGCGAACUGUGCUGCUGAAAAUACCACAGUCUUCUCCGGUUUUUAUCUCGAAUUACUUUGGAAUACGUAGAAUGCUCAAGCAGAAUUGACUGUUUCCAAUCUUUCACUAAUUUACUGAUACCAUUUUUUAAUGCAAAAUCUAAAUGUAAUGUAUAAAACACUAUAUGUAGGUAGGAAUUUUAAUGUGUAUAAAAGAAUAUUGUGUAUAAUGUAUGAUAGAGAAUUAAACAACAGCCUAUAAUUGAGCAUAUGACAGAAGAAUAUUAAUAGCAAAGGAUAAAGCCUGGUUUAAUACCAGGACCCUUUUUUUGUUUAUUGACCAGGGGACAUAUUAUGAUAUAUGUCCUUUUCACAUUUUUCUUGGCUGAUUGUAAUUUUAAGUAAGUUACAGUGGCCUUGCCAAAUGUUCACAUUGAGACGUUUAGGGUGUGUGUGUUUGUAUGUAUGACUUUGUCUUGUUAAAUUUUAAAUAAAACGGUUAUGGGGGAAAAUA